AUGCUGCUUUCACGUCUAUCACAUAAAGAACUAAUACAACUUGCAAAGAAAAGAUGUAUACCACCAUUAUUACCAACUUUCUAUAAAGGUCAAAGUGGUGGUCGUGUCUGUAUCAUUGGUGGCUGUGAAGAUUAUACAGGUGCUCCAUAUUUUAGUGCCAAUGCCACUGCCUUAAUGGGUUGCGAUUUAACACAUGUUAUCUGUGAGAAAAGUGCGGCUACAGUGAUAAAAUCUUACACUCCAAAUUUAAUGGUACAUCCAUAUCUAAGAGACAAUGGAGAAAGAAGUGAAAUGGAUAAAAUUAAAGGAUUACUUGAGAGAAUCCAUGCUAUUGUCAUUGGUCCAGGUCUUGGUCGGGAUAGCUCUAUGUUACAAUCGGUGAAAGAUAUUAUUGAAUAUAUUUUAGUAGAUAAGAAAGGUGAAGUACCUAUUGUGAUUGAUGCUGAUGGUUUAUUUUUAAUUAGUCAAGAUAAAGAAGUUCGUGAAUUAUUAAAGAAAUUUCCAAAGGGUAGAAUCAUAUUAACACCAAAUAUUAUUGAAUUUAAGAGAAUAAGUGAUGCAAUUGCUAAAGAUUUAAAAUUUGAUAGUACUACAUUAACAGAUAAUAUUCAAAUGGGUCAUUUUAUUUCUAAUGAACUAAACUGUAUACUUGUUCAAAAGGGUAGAGAAGAUCGAAUUUAUUCUCCUCAAAAUGAUUUUAUCUUAGUUAAUUCACAAGAAGGAAGUAAUAAGAGAGUUGGUGGGCAAGGUGAUACUUUAACAGGUACUAUAGGAUGUAUGUUAUCCUUUAGUCGUUCCAUGCAUGAUUUUCAUGUUAUUCCACUAUCAUCAUCCAAUAAUGAUGAUAAUAAAGAGGGAACAUUAGCAUGGGUUGAUUGUGCAUUAUUAAGUUGUUAUGUGGGUAGUACAAUAACUCGAGAAUGUUCGAGACUUGCCUUUCAAGAGAAAAAACGUGCAAUGCAAACUUCGGACUUGAAUGAUCGUGUGGGUUUAGUAUAUUCCAAGACGUUUGAUUAA